AAGAAAAAAAAACCAACAUUUAUUUCUUCAUUCGAAACAUGUAGUUAAAAAACCACAGGUUUCUGGUGCGAGAGUAACGACUGUUGCAAUUUUUUGGCCACAGAAAUGGCUAUUGCCGCCACCGCGAGAGUGAUGGCAGUAGCCGGAGGAACACUUCACCAUGCAAACCUCACGACGUCGUUUCUCCUCAAACCCCACUCUCUCCCACACAAGGCUCUUUUUCUCAAUCGCAGUCUCUGCAAAUCACCCAGAAGACCCUUCACUUGCAGAUCACUGUACAAUCCCAUCGACGUUCAGAUCAAAGAGGAAGGACUACCCGAAACCCUAGAUUAUCGGGUCUUCUUCGUCGACCACUCUGGCAAAAAGGUUUCCGCUUGGCAUGAUAUCCCAUUGCACUUGGGUGAUGGGAAUUUUAAUUUUAUUGUUGAGAUACCCAAAGAAACAAGUGCAAAGAUGGAGGUUGCUACCGAUGAGCCAUUCACUCCUAUAAAGCAGGACACAAAGAAGGGAAAGCUUCGUUACUAUCCCUACAACAUAAAUUGGAAUUAUGGAUUGCUUCCUCAAACAUGGGAAGACCCUUCAUUUGCAAACUCUGAAGUUGAUGGGGCAGUUGGAGAUAAUGAUCCAGUGGAUGUUGUUGAGAUUGGCGAAAAACAUGGGAAGAUUGGCCAGAUCUUCAGAGUCAAGCCCUUAGCUGCUCUAGCUAUGAUUGAUGAAGGGGAGCUUGAUUGGAAAAUAGUUGCAAUUUCAUUGGAUGACCCAAAAGCUUCACUUGUGAAUGAUGUUGAUGACGUUGAGAAACAUUUUCCGGGAACUCUUACUGCAAUUAGGGACUGGUUUAGAGAUUACAAGAUUCCAGAUGGAAAGCCUGCCAACAAGUUUGGUCUUGGCAACAAGGCAGCGAAUAAGGAAUAUGCUCUAAAGGUCAUCACAGAGGCUAACGAGUCUUGGGCUAAACUAAUCAAGAGAUCGGUUCCUGCUGGAGAUCUUUCACUUGUGUAAAUCCUUUUCGUAUGAUUGAACUUGUGGUUCGUUGCUUCUUCUCCAUGCAUCGAACCAUUGACAUGAUUAUUUUGUCAUAUCGGGAGUAGUCCCACAGUAGAUACUUAAUUUUCUUUUCCCAGUAAUAUGUUAUUAUUUGCAACUCUUUUUUGUUGCCCUGUGAGCGAAUGUUAAGAAAAAAUUAGAUAGAAAAGGAAAUCAAGAAUAAGAAGAAAUAUUGAGAAGGCUGAUGACAAAGAUGUUGAGAUUUCAUGACAGUUAACGUUAGCAGAUAGAUAUGCAUGUCUAGUAUUGCUGUUGAAUUGGAUAUUUCUUUAUAAGAUGGUAAUUCACUAUUUA